AUGUCUGACAUUUUGGGAAAGUUUCGUAUUUGCGAUACGAUUGACACGAAUAUGAAAAAUGAAAUCAAAUUAUUUCACGUUUUCAAUGACUAUACUAACGAUAAGAAUAUAUUAUUUGUCACAAACGAUGACACCGUCUAUGGUUUAGGGGCUAAUAAUAACGGGUGUCUGGGUUUGGGUCACGAAAAUGCCGUCAAAACACCGCAAACUAUACCCCAAUUACGCGGACAACGGAUCCGACAGUUUAUCAAUGGCUCGGAUUUUGUGUUGGCUAUCAAUGAGGACAACCAUGUGUUCAGUUGGGGGCGCAAUGAGUGGGGACAGUGCGCUAGAGAUGUGACACAAAAUCACUCCCUGGCCCUCAACACCGAUGGACAGGUGUACGGGUGGGGCGAUAAUGAAUGGGGACAAGUAGGUGGUGGUGGCGAUGAAAAUAGUAGAACUGGACAUGAUAUCCCGGGUGAUAUAUUGUCACCCAAAUUGAUCCCAGUGUUAAACGACAUCAAGUCAAUCUUUGUCAGAAAAUUCGAUGAACACAUAUAUGCCGUCAAAAGAUUGGAAAUUAGAGACUUUACCGAUGAAUAUAUGCAUAAAAUUCUGAAUGAAGUGAAGAGUUUAGGAAAAGUUCGUUCAGAAUAUGUGGUCCAGUAUUACAACUCAUGGCCCGAAGGCAAACACCUCUACAUUCAGAUGGAGUUCUGUUCACAGAAUUUAAGGAAUAUUCUUGAAGUGAAACCACAAGUAUUUGGUCGACAAUUAGGA